UACAAGCUCUGUUGACCAUUCUAUGAGCCUGUGAUCCGGUCUCCGGCCCGUUCAAUCAUACCACACAGCACCAACUACCAGAUCUUGUUGUAGUCAGCAAGUAGUAGCCAAGCUCCAACAUCGAAACGAGGAAGAGAAGAAUUAACCGAAUUGCAAAAGCCUAAUCUCAGGAUCCAGGAAAGAAAGGGUUUUGACCCUCAAAAGCUCUUUCGAUCUAGCAAGUAUGCACAAUAUGAAGCUUUUCCUUCAUCCAAAUCAGUUCUCAGGUUCAUGCCGAUUCCUUCCUCUACUUCCCACACUGAAACCGUCCAUCUCUCUGGCAAGCUCAAGCUCAAGCUCAAGCUCAAACGGAAUUUGAACGUCAUCAGACUUGAAGAAGCAGAAUGUAUGUCGGAAAACUGUUGGAUGCUUACAAGUGCUGCAGAGAUGUUGAGAAAAAGGAAGCCGAAGACCCACACCUCCGGCGAAAACUACGGGAAUGGUGCGAAUAUUGGAUAACAGUCAUAUUGCUUGAUAUUUUUGGGGAUAUUUUAGAUGAUUUGAUAUCGAGCCUACCAGUAGGUGAGAAAAAGCUGGUCAUUCUCAUCUUUUUAUGUCAUCCCUCAAUCUUGGCAAUCUGGAGAGGGCCCCUCAUUCUACCGCCUUGGAGGAAAGGGGAAGACAUCCAUGUAAUUUUAGAUUGGGUUUUCAAUGUUCAACGUUUGCUGAAACGUGCUAGCGUUGUACUGAGACUCUUAGAGAUUUUCACUGGCCACUACACAAAGGUUGAAAUCAACAAUUUUCAGAUGUUGAAUUUCAAAGCGCUCCUAAGAUAUGUGGCCCAUGUCUAUCGCGCUUAUUGCACAAUUGUGAAGAAAAAUAAAGCCGAGAUUGAAGAACUCCGCCGUUGGUGUAAAUAUUGGAUAAUUAUUGCAAUUCUUGAUGUUUUUGAGGAGGAUUAUGAAAAAGCCUUUUUAUGGUUUCCCAUGUAUCAGCAGAUAAAGCAGGUCUUCUUCUUCGCUUUAAGCUAUUCUGGAGCCAUGGGAGCGGCAUUCAUCUAUGAAGCCAUUGUGGCACCUUACUUUGCAACUCGCAAGGAAGAUGCCAAUUGAAUUAAGGGUAAGAACUUGGGAUAUGGCUGAGGUUUGUUAGUUUUGGACCAAGUGUCCUAAUUUCGACUUUAAAUCAACUGCCCAAAGAACUUAAAUAAAACUACAUUUUGGGGAAAUCACAGUGAAUAUAGUAUCAUAUUCUGAUUUUUAUUUUUCAAUUUUCCUUUAGUCUAGUCUUUCUAUUCAUUCUGAUGUAGCAUAUGAGACAAUUCAAAUUGUAUUGUGUAUGUUACAGAGCUUAAUAUGCUUUCCAGAACAUUUA